UACCUUUAACCAAGAUUGUUGUUACACACAAAACAUAUACAAUCUCAUAAAGGAUCAUAUUUUAAGGAUUCUGUUUUAAUAUUGUUAGAGAUGAUUAAAGAUGCGGGAUUCGAGCAUGUUAUAAAGUAUUUUGAUGAAGAUGGUGAUGGAAAGGUUUCACCAGCAGAGCUAAGACAGAAGCUGAUACUAUUGGGAGAAGAUCUUUUGUUGAAAGAAGCUGAAAUGGCUAUUGAAGCUGUGGAUUCAGAUGGUGAUGGUUAUUUGAGUUUGGAGGAUUUAAUAAGUUUGAUGGAAGAAGGUGGUGAGGAGCAAAAGUUGAGGGAUUUGAAAGAAGCAUUUGAGAUGUAUAAUGAUAGUGACAAGUGUGGGUUUAUAACACCAAAGAGUUUAAAGAGGAUGUUUAAGAAGAUGGGUGAGUCUAAAUCUAUUGGUGAAUGUAAAGUUAUGAUUAAACAAUUUGAUUUGAAUGGGGAUGGUGUUCUUAGCUUUCAUGAAUUCACAAUUAUGAUGCAAUGAUGUCUUAUACUUCAUCCUUUCAUUCUCAUUCUGAUUCAUUUAGUGUAAAUUAUUGUUGUAAUUGUUUUAAUAUAAAUAUAAAUUUUAAUUAUUUGUUAAA